GAAUUGCGACAACCCUGGGAGCAGGAAGGUUUUUCGGCCGAAAAAUAGAGAACAAUAAAACGUUUGUGGCCCGCAGCAAAAUAGGGAUCGCCGAGUGCCGUGUUAACCGGUGACCUCUCGCCCGUGCCCCGUGACCUGUGACCCCGCGCAACGGUCCGCCUGAAUGUUAAUUUGUGGCUUCAAAAGCAGCAGAAUUUGGAGCAGCAGCGUGUAAAAAGUUUCGGAAUUAUCGUGGCACCGCGGAGAAAGAGAGAGCAGGAGAGAGAGAGAUUGCCGCACGCAUAAAAUAUGAUCAAAUUGCAAAAUUGAUUUCAAUUGGCCACUCAACAAAAGCAAAAACCAAUUUCAAUGUUUGGCGCCUGCUGCGACUCUUGAGACUCGUCUAAAUCCGCAAGUACAUCCAACCGGGAUCUGAGCCAAGUUUCUCACCUUUGGCCUCAAAGCCAUGGCGUCCACGUCGUCGUCGGCUUCCACGACGGCGGGAUCCUCCGUAGCUGCAGGCGGAGGAGCAGCCACGCCCAUCUCAACGCCCUCGACGCCCCAGCCGUCUGGCGUGAGCAGCGGACCCGGCAAUAAUGGCAACAACAACAACCAUCACAACAGCACCCUGGUCUCACCAUCCGGGAACAACAACUUGAUGACGCCCGUCCAGGCAUUCACUCCAACCGGUCAGCCAGUGUACAAUCCACCCGUCUACAUGUCCGCCCACGGAGGACACCCGCACGCCGGAGCCCACUACCCGGCCAUGAUCCCCGCUCCGAUGCCCAGCAACCACGUCUACGUGAACAACGUCACUGCCAAUGUGAACCUGCAUGGCUGGCCGCACGGGGUUCCGGCUUAUAUGCCACCCGGAGGUCAGCAUCACUACAUUGGACACGGCGACAUGCCCCAGGAGCAGGGCAACGCGGUGAUGCCGCACCUGCAGCCAGUGCCCAUCAAUUUGGCGCCCCAGGGCGGAUCUCCGAAUCCCCAUGGUCCUAGAAUGGGCGGACGGACGCGGGAACGCGGUCGCCCCCGUGGAGGUGGACCGCGACGCAAUGACUACCAUGGGCCACGUCACCUCCAGCAGCAGCAACUGAUCACCCUUCCGCCGCAGCAGCAACUGCCACCGCCGGACGGAACCAAUCCCGGGCUGCAGCUUCAGCCGGAUCAGAUGGGUCAGCAGCUGGCGCCGCCGGAGGCGCACAUGCAGCACCUACAGCAGUACUACGCGGCGCCGCCUACCUACGCCUACGGGCCGUAUCCCUCUCCCUACUUCACACCGCAACAUGCGAAUAUGCAGCCUCCCCCCAAUGCCACGGCUGCCCAACAGGCCACUGGGACGCCGCUCUUUAUCUCGGGACCGGUGAUGUAUAAUCCUGCGUGGUUCAACCACGGUGGGUACAUCUACCCCAUGAUGCACCCGGCCGAGUACCAGUAUGUACCCGAAGACGCUGGCCAGCCGGGAGUGGAUGAACGCGGAGCUCAGCCGGACGGCGGAAUGACCCAGAUCUGGCACCAGGCCCCCAUGUACGCAGAGGACUUCGAAGCGCUUCAGCAGCAGCAACAACAGCAACAGGUGGCUGUGCAUCCCAAUGGAGGUGCUGUCAGUGUAGCCGAUGAGCUCAACCACAACAGCACAUCCCUGCCCUCCUCGGAGACGUCGAGCAUGAUCAGUCCGAACUACCCCAUCUACGAUCCCCAGAUGCACGAAAUGCAGCAGCAAAUGGGCGUGAUGCAGAUCUUUGACGAUGGUCAGAUGGCCGCCCUGCAGCCAAUCCAUCCAGGAGCGGGUCCGCUGCCGCAGUACGAGGACGAGCUCGGCGAGUGCGGAGCACCGCCGCCAGGCGCUAUUCCGAUGACCUGGACUACUGCCAUGCCCCUCCCUCCGGAUGCAGUCCAGCCAGCCCUGCUGCCGCCGCCGCCGCAUCACAUUUUGCAGCAAACGUCGCCCCUGUUAAUCGAACAGCCAGCCCAGUUGGUUCAGGCCCAACCUCCGCAGCCACCAACACCCACUCCCCAACAGCAGGACCAACAACCACAUCAGGAGCAAACGGCUGACAAGAGUUUGACACAGAACAACAACGAGGUGGUGGCCUUGGAUGAGAAGUUGGCCAACGAGAAGCAGCAGCAAAUCGAGUUCCAAGAGCAGCAACAGCAGCAGCAGCUUCAUCAACUACCACAGCAGCAGCAGCAGCAGCAAGAAGAGCAGCAGCAACCGCAGCAACUACAGCCGCUGCAAACCGAAAAACCGCCAACGAAAGUGCCAAACCUUGUAGUAGCUACAGUGGCACCUCAGCUGCAACAGGCACCGCUGCAGCAACAUCAGCAGCAGCAAACAUCACCGGUGGUGGUGUCGCCAAAACAGCAGCAGCAGCAGCCACAAGCUGCGCACCAGAAUAGCUAUCAUGAUCAGCAUCAUUUACCGCAGCAGCAGCAACCGCAGCCACAGCGCAAACCCUCGCAGCAAUACAAUCAAUCGCAGCAGCAACAGGUGCGCCGUAAGUACUCCUCAGAGUACAAUCACCAUCAUCACCAGCACGGCAGCAGCGACACGGGCAUCCAAACUACCAAGACCAUGUCCUGGACCAAUUCAGCUCAGCACAAAAAGUCCACGCAGUCGGUUUCGGUCACCGCUUCUCCCAAUAGUGUAAACAAUGGACCUGGAGUGGGUGCUGCAAGUGGACCGGCGGGCAAAGCCAACUACAGCCACACCACUAAGACUUUUACCAACCAGCAGCAUUACCAGCAGCAACACUACCACACCCAGAACAGCUAUAACAACAACAGCAGCGGCGGAAGCAGCAGCAACAGCAGUUCGAGCAGCAGCAACAACCAGCCACAGGUGCGCAACUACGGCACCAUGAAGAUGCCCUCUUCGCCGGUGGCUUGGGCAGCGCCAACGCCGGAGCGCAAAAACAGCCAACAGGCAGCAGCGGCACCGGCAGCAGCAACUGCGUCUGCGUCUGCAGCUCCCGUGGCAAUCACAACAGUAACUACCUCAACGGCGAGCAUUACGGCUACCCCAAAUCAAUUUCAACCGGAGACUGGCAACAGUAGUGCAUCACCAGCCGUGGCUGCCGCGCAGCAACAGCAGUCUGCAGCACAGCAACAUGCGCAGGCCGCACAAACAGGAGCAGCAGCAGCACCAAGCAAGUCCUACAGCAACUAUGCUCCUAAAAAGCAUCAGAGCUAUGAGCCAGCAGUGCUGAGCUCCGUGGUGGCCACCAGUUCAUCAGCCAACCCGCAGCCGCAACUGAAUCUUGCCCCACCUGCGCCACCAGCCUCGCAGAACAGCAGCGACAGUUCGCAGCUUUCGUGGGCCAGUUUGUUUGCCAGCAACAAGCCCGUGGCCAAGGUGGCGCCCUACGAGGCCAGCAAAAUUGCACAGCAGCAGCCAGCCCAUCCAGUGCUCCAAUUGGCUCCGCCGCAGCCAGCUCAAGUGGCGGCUGCCGCCCCAGCUGCUCAGCCGUCGUCGCCUCCUCAGAAUUUGCCCCUGCCCACGGCUCACCAGCAGUCACAGUUGCCAGCACCUGUGCCGGCGCCCACGGUUCCGCUGGUCACCCCAGGAGCGCUCUCCUAUUCUGCUGCAUCCGCUCAGGCAGUUCCUGCUCCCAGCCCCGCGUCGGCUUCCGUCAAGCCCCUCAAGCCGGAACCGCCGCGUCCUGUGCAGCAGCAACUGGAUGAGUGGACCAGCAAGUACGCCGAGUACCUGACGCGCCACAAGACCAAUUUGGCGCCGAUCAGCCUGCGUCCCCGAGGACUGACCAACAGGUCCAACUACUGCUACAUCAACUCGAUCCUGCAGGCCCUGCUCGGCUGCUCGCCGUUCUACAACCUGCUGCGCUCCAUUCCCAAGCAGGCGGCUGUCCUGAGCGAGGUCAAAACGCCCACUGUGAACGCCAUGAUGUCUUUUAUGACCAACUUUUCAUCGCUGCCCAGCGGUCUUCGCCUGCGUCUGAACAACCUCAACAAGGGAUCGCAAAGCAAGGGCAAGGACGAGUUUGUGGGCUCCGAUUUGCAAUGCGACAUGGCCUUUGAACCCACUGAGAUCUACAAGCUGUGGAACGACAGUCGAGAGGAGCAUGUCGAAGGUCGUCAAGAGGACGCCGAAGAAUUCUUGGGCUACGUUCUAAACAAGCUGAACGACGAGAUGCUGGAGGUGAUUAAGCUGAUUGAUAAGCCCACACCCCAGCAAAAUGGUCAGGAACCCGCGGAACCAGAGGAUGGAGGCGAUGUCUGGCAGAUGAUUUGCAACAAUCGUAAUAAGGGCAGCGUAACCCGUCAGACCGACUUCGGACGCACUCCCGUAAGCGAUAUCUUCCGGGGAGAACUGCGCUCCCGGCUGCAGCGUGAGGGAGAACACUCCACGGAUGUAAUUCAGCCCUUCUUUACGCUUCAACUGAAUAUCGAAAAAGCUGCAUCUGUGAAGGAGGCACUGGAGAUCCUUGUGGGUCGCGAUCAGUUGGAGGGAGUCACAGGCAGCAAAACAAAACAGGAGGUUGUGGCCUGGCAGCAGAUGACGCUGGAGAAACUACCCGUCGUCCUGAUAUUGCAUUUAAAGUACUUCGACUACCGCUCUGAUGGGUGCACAAAGAUUUUGAAGAAGGUGGAUUUCCCCGUGGAACUAAAGAUCGAUGCCAAAAUCCUCGGCUCAAAGAAGACCUCGCAGAAGCAGCGCGCCUAUCGCCUGUUUGCGGUUGUCUAUCACGAUGGUAAGGAGGCAUCGAAGGGCCACUACAUCACGGACGUUUUCCACACGGGCUACAGCAGCUGGCUGCGCUACGACGACAGCUCGGUAAAGCCGGUCAGCGAGAAGCACGUCCUCCAGCCGCACACGCCCCGUGUGCCUUACCUGCUGUACUAUCGCCGUUCAGACACCCUGCCCCCGCAGCAGCAGCAAACCCAGCAGCAGAAUGGCGGAGGAUCAGGUGGAGUCGUGGGCAGCAGCUCCUCAUCAUCGAAUGCCGGGGAUAACAAGUGAAAAUUAACCACAACGGGGCGUUGUAAAAAUACAUAAGAACUUUCAGUGCUAGCGAUAUACUGCAUAUAUUUUUGUGUCAGUGCGAGUGAGCGAGAAUGCGAAAUUGGUUUUAUAUGCAUAUACAUACACAAAUUAACAAUUAGAUAUAUUCGAGCGGUAUAUAUUUAAGCCCAAAGUCCAAAGCGCAUGACCGUGUGUUAGAGUACGAUUGUGUGAGAAAGAAACUUAGCUCUAAGCUAGACUAGAAUUAAGGUUGAGUAGAAAAAUAGGCAGCAAAAGAAACUCGUUGGAAACGCGAAAACUUUGUACAAAGAGAAACGAAAAAACUCUGUAAACUAAACAGCGAGUAAAUUAACAUAUAACUUAGUGCUAAAUUUACAAAAUCCUUCAGCGUAGCGAAACCCCCAAAUAUCUGUGGCACAAAAGCCCUCCCAGAUGUUAGAAGUAGUGGAUGUUAGAACUGCCCUUAAAUACCUUUGGAGUUUGGCGAUAUGUUAUGACAAACGCUUACAGCUGUAUAUAUACACAAAUAAUCAUAUAUUGUAGUUGAUCAGUUUCGCGGCAUGCACCAUGCAUUUAAACAAACCAACCGAGCAACAAUAUAUAUCGAAUGCUUUGAAUAUGCUUUAAAGAAUUAUACAUUUAGAACCAAGGUGUUUUCCACACAAAGAGUAAAUACAGGCAGUGUUGGUCAGAGCAAUAGCCGCUAGCAUUUCAUCAUCUAAAAGCCAAACUGGGUUACUUUUGUAAUGGUCUCGAAGACCAAAUCAAAUAGAUACUUCCUUUGCUAACAAUUUUUGCUCACGUAGAUGGAAGUUUAAACAUGAAAGUAACGAGCUGAACACAUUAUCUAUACGGCUUUUAUAGACCACUACUGCGUGUUGCAUUGCAUAUAAGCAGCAAAGUAAGCUAACAACGCGUUCAUUUUGUAAUUUAUUUUAUAUGUUGUUUAGUUUUAUACGUAAUCAGUUAGGCGAGCAGAUUCAUAUAUACACAAACGGAACUUGUUAUUCAUAGUUAGAGAAACUUUUUGGGGAUUGUCUCCCCGGCUUGGAUGCGAUGUUUGCCUUCAUGAUAUUGGAGUUCUUAACUUUCUUUUCUCAGACCUAGAGCAUUUAGUUUGUACAUCAUGUUAGAGAAAAGUGUUGGGAUUGUAACGUAAGAUUUGAAUUGGAAUAAUUAUUAAAUGUAAUCGGGUACGAACUAAUGCUAAUCAACCAUACUAGUUAAUAGAUGUCUUACAAACGUAUACACCCAUAUAUAUUUUCUUAAGCUAUGUAAUCUAAACGCAUAUAUAUUAUUUAUAGGUAUCGUGCCAAUGUUAAAACAUCUAAAAAAUUUAAAAAAAAAAAAAAAAAAUAUUACGAUAAGAAGACAUUAGAACUUGUCAAUGCUUUGUCAGUGGCUAAACAAAAAGAGAAUAAUACAAUUAAUUAACGAUUAAUAACUUCUAUUAUAAUUUUUUUGAUGAAUUCAAUUUUUAAACAUUAUAAAAGCGAAAAAGUCAUUGCAGGCUUUUCGACCAUUACGCUUUGAUUUCAAAGAGUUUAAUCAUUUUAAAACAUUCAAAGAUACUGAAAUGCGUGCUGAUUCACCCGACAAGUAGUCGUUCUCUAAUGUAUUGUAAUAAUUCAAUGCACUUAAGAACCAGGUCUUUAAUGGUGAGGGAAUAAGCUAAAAUCUUCAAAUAAUCUUGGGAUAAUUGUAUAAUAGUGGAAUGGAAUGCAUUGACUUAUUUCGCAUAUAUUAUGAAUAGGACUCAAAAGCGAAUCCAUAAAUAUAAAUCUACAUAUACAUAUAUUUUGAUGUUAUACAUAUAUGAACUAAUUUUAAGCGAAAUUAUAGGAUUUUUAUAGAAACAUGUACGCGUCUGCGUUUUGCUAGUUACAAAUAGGUUCCUAAGACUAAACGAAAAAUAUGAUACAACCACAAAACGGAAAAAUGUAGAAGCAAAGGAAUAUUGAAAAACAAUAAUAUUAUUACUGAUAUAUGUAGUUUAAAGCAAAGCUAAACCGUAAACAGUAAAAUUUAACUGAAACAAACAAAUACAUAUAAAUUUAUAAAUCCAAUUUAUACAAAAACCACGCAAAGCAAACAAAAUGAAAAGAUUGAAACAUGUUGAAUUACCAUUUAAAUAUAUUUUUGCAAGCGAAAUUAGAAUGUAAAACAUAAACGAAUGAAACACUUAGAAUAGAACUAAAGCUGUAAAAUUGUAAAAUUUUCGCUUAUAUAAAAAUAUUUUAUUUUUUUUGUAAUUGUUAUAUAAUUUGUGGAAUACUCCAAAAAUAGUUGUAUGUUUUAAUCAGCACUUAUUGUUAUGUCCAAUACGAAAAGUGUGUUUUAAGGCCAUUGUGGAAAUGGAAUCGGUAACUGAAUUUAUAUCAUAUUUAACCAAGUAUCCUUUUUUUUUUGUAAGCUCCAACUGCCUGAUGGUCUUGAAACGCACUGUUCUGUGUCCUAAUUUUUGUAUAACCAAAACAUGAUUUUUCUGUUUAACUUUUUAUAAUUUUUGUAAUACCCUUGUCACAUUCUGUUGACCCCGAUUUAUGUAUGUUUUAGUUUUAAGUAGUUUCUAAGGCUGUGUAACUAACUAACAUAAGUAAAAAUCCCUUUUGCGUAUGGCCUGGUAUAAAGAGGGAUCGUCCCCGAAUGUUGUAAUGAAGUUUGCCGGACAAUUUUUGUUUAUUUCGCAACCUUUUCCUUCUUUUUGAGGCCUCUGGCCAGAGGCUCCUCCGAUAAACAGAAAUUGGCAAGUGCACUUACUAAACGUAUAACGAGGAUUAGCGUGUAAUCGGAGGAUGUAAUGGAGCUGCUCUAAGUACGCUGAGCCAGCUGACAAACUAAUAUUACAAGUUUUGUAACAAAGUUUUCUAAGGCCAGAGGUGAGUGUAUGAAUGGCGAAAGGUCGAACAGCAAAGAAUAACAAGACACUAGAUGUUUAACAAUGCGAAACGAUUAACAACACAAUCUGAAGUGAAAUAAUUAGUCCACAUUUAGUCUAAAGAAACCAUGCUAAAGUAAAUCUACAAAGUAAAGCGAAUUCAGUUAAACUAAGUAAACAUAACAAGCGGAUAUGUACCAUGGAAAGCUAAAUCAUAAACGAACGAAAUGAAAUGAACAUUAUCUAGCAAUAAAAUAAACGAGUGAUUUCAUUGCCACAUA